AUGGGCAGCAGAAAGAACGAUGGUGUUCACAAGCUGUCGGAUAAUGAUCUGCAGGACGAAACAACAUUCGAAGGAGCGAUCUGGGAAAUGUCGAUCCCGGCAGAUUUUCUUGCAUUAGUCACGGAAAUUGAAGAAUGGCAGAAAAAGAACGGAGCAGCAGAUAGUGCUGCGAUGUCGCCAUUUGCAAGCGAGAGUUUUGGUGGUUAUAGUUACACAAAAGGAUCAACAGGAUCUGAUGGAUCAUUAAGCAAUGAUGGAUACGGUGGAUAUAAACAGGUUUAUGAAGAAGGUGUUGAAUUCCAGGCAGCCGCUGUUGUUAAUAAUUCGAUUCAAUCGAGAAUAGCACAGAAACAAGGCGUAAAGGAUAUUUAUACAAUAACAACACCAAGAGCUAUGAAUCUGCAAUAUCAUGAUGUGUUUAUCAGAAACAGAGAUCAGAAGAUUUUCAGAGUAACAUCUGAUGGUGAUGACGUAUUAACGCCAAAAAGUGCAGCACUUGAUAUGCGCCAAGUUAGCGCAGAGGAGUGGACACUUCCGGAUUAA